AUUGUUUAUUUCCUUUUGAGUUCAAUUUCAAUCAAGAGUUGGUCAGUUUGGUUUCAAAUGUCUUAUAAUCUUUCUGUUUCUGAUGACUCUUCGUACAACCGUUAUGCUGAAAUGGUUUCUUCUGAUACUGAUUAUCAGAUAUGGUUUGAUCAUCCUUUCUCUCCUCUCAACGAUUUAUCUUCCGAUUAUAAUCUUCAAGCUUUGUUGAACAGCAAUCAAAACCAACAAAACCCAGUUGAUCAACCCACUUGUCCAGACCAAUUGGUUUCCUCUGGUUUGCUUCCUUUUUCUCCUCCAACAGACCAGCUUGAAAAUCUCAGCCUUUAUCAAACUACCCAGUUUUCGUCUCUGUCAUUUGGUCCAAAUUUAGAAAAUGGGUAUGAAAAUUUCAACAGCUUGAAUUGUUUGGAAGUUAAAAAUGAAGAAUGUCAAGUGGAUUUUGACUCUGCUUAUAGUGAUGUUGAGAAUGCAGCUAAGUACUUGCAAAGGAGCUUUAGCAGCAAUUCCUUUGAAGGAAAGCCUAACUUUUCAUUCCAACCUCCUUUUGAUUCUCUCAUGGAAUCACAGAAAUUUCAAGGCCAAGCCUUUAACAUGCCUGAGAACAACAUUUUUGCCGGACAAAUGAGGAAGGUAUGCAGCACUGGAGAUUUAGAGAAUAUGAGAAACGUUCAUACAAACCAAAGGUCAAUUCCAACCCCUUCGGCUAUAGAAAACUCGUUCAUGGAGGAAACACCCUUUAAAGUAGGACGUUACAACCCAGAAGAAAGACAGGAGAGGAUUUCGAGGUAUAGAGCCAAGCGCAAUCAAAGGAAUUUCAGCAAAACAAUUAAGUAUGCAUGCCGUAAAACACUAGCAGACAACCGUCCUCGUAUUCGUGGCAGAUUCGCGCGCAACGAUGAAAACGUUGAGAUUCCCAAAGUUGCAUGUUCAACCAGAGAUGAAGACGAAGAUGAUUUAUGGGCGUUGCAUGAGGUGGAGAAUGAAACAAUGGCAAGAGGAAAUUUUAUGAACAAUACUUUCAGCCAACAUCAGUUUCAAUACCACCAUGGCUGCUUCUGA